UAAUUAUAUAAUAUUCUAAUAAUCAGAUAGGAUGAGUUAAAACGAUGCAAAUUUGGGAUUAUUAUCCAACAAAUCUAACAGUAAAUACAAAGAACCAAAACAGAGCAACGAUGAUUUUGAAUUAUAAGAUUAUGGAGAAGAUUAGGAAUAUGUUUCAUUUGAUGAUGCUAGUAUAAUUUAUUUAAUUACUUUUCAGAAGUACAACAUGCAGAGGUUACUCAACCUAAAUAAAUUGAAGAACCGAUUGUUCCUCCUCAGAAUAGUGCUUAGACUCAACCAUAGUCUUAAUAAAAUUAGAAUUAGUAAUAACCUUAACAACAGAACACGUAUCCACCACAAUAAUAAAUUCUGUACCCUCAAUUUUAGCAACAAUAACAAAUUCCUAUUAAUUAAUAUCAAGUAUUAAAAUUUACAUAAUAUAGAAUCAAAAUAAUUAAUAUCAAUAUAAUCCAUAUCAAAAUUAAUAAUACUCUUUUACUUAGCCUUUAGAUUAGAUAUAUAAUUCUGUUUCUAAUGUAUUCCAAACAGCAGCAAUUGUUAUCGACAAGAGUAUCAAUCAAAGAACGUAAUUAUUAUUUCAACAAACAGACAAGCGUAUUCAACUUGCAUUCAUUGUAAAACUCCCUAGAUGAUAUCAGAUGAAAAAUAACCAUAUGUAUGCUAUAGAUGCUAAUAAAUUAAUAAGCCUAACAUAGGCUAUUUUUAAUGUGGUUCUUGUAAAAUCACAGUCAUGUAUUAAUGCGGAAGUAUUCAUAAAAUAUUAAACUAGUAUCAAAUUUAAUAAAAUGUACUAAAUGUUAAGCAAUGAAUUAUGUCUAACAGUAGAAUCUUCCAAAUACGUUAUAAAAAUAUCAAUAAUAAUAGUAAUAAUAAUAAUAUCAAUAAUAAUAAUAAUAUCAAUAAUAAUAAUAAUAAUAUCAAUAAUAAUAAUAAUAGCAAAUUUAUAAUGUAAAUGUAAAUUCUUAAUUAUUGUAAUCCUAAAGUUAAAAUACAAAUCAAUAACAAUUAUAUAGGUCUUAAUAAUAAGAUACCUUAAAUAAAUAAAGCAAGCCUAUUGGUAAAAAUUAGGUUGA